CUAAAAUACGGCCUAAGGUCGCUACGUGUCCUGACUAUAAGACAACAACGAUCCCCUCUAUAGUAUACCAACAGACCAUGGCCCGCCUCCUGGUGGUCACACUGGUCACUGCAGCACUCAGGUCUCAGGUUACAUCAGGUUACCAGUACAUCUCCCCAUGUUCCUGCAACGACAACCUCCUGUCUCCGGUCGAGCCUUCAAGGACUACAUACACAACUCCCCAAAUAUGCUUGUGUGAAUCUGACUAUCCUCUAUCGAUUCAUACAAAUAAAUAUUUGAGAUCGACUGAAUCUACGACAGAAACGAUUCCAUCUUCUAGCGUCGGAGUUCUGCAACAGACAAUUCCGACAAUAUCACAAACCGCCCUCCCUCAUCAUGCACCUUCCCCUUCAAUCACUCCUGUCAUCGAUAAAAAGUUUAAAUCAAAAUACACAUCACACAUAAUGACAAUCCCGAAGAAAUAUUCUUCCUCGUCCUCUACUGUCCCUACUCCGAAUUCCUACACUCCUUCUAAGACACCAACACUGCCUAGUUUACCGACAACUUCAAACAAUGAUUUUGUGACGCCACUUCCUUCUUCUCCUACACCUUCGAAACCACUUUAUUAUAAACAAAAAGUGUCUCUUACUGCAUCAUGUCCUGCUACAGUUUUCUACUCGGCUACCACACCGUACAGUGACUCUCAUGCUGUUAAAUAUUACGUUGUUCCCACACCUUCCUCGAGUCCUGCGAUAUCAACAAGUAAGUCCUCUGAAAUUCUUUCUUCAUCCGCAAUGGCGAGAAACAAUCCUCUAGCAACAUGUACUUCCGAUACGUUAUAUUCUGUUAUACCAAAAGCUCCCCCGGUUGCAGUGUAUUCUUCAGCUUCUAAUUCUAUUUACUCUCCACCGUCCACAGUCAGCGCUUACUCUUUUUAUGCACCCACCACAAACAUGAAUAAUGCUGUUUUAAAUUUAACUACUGACUUAAGCAAUCCUCCAAUAAUUUCUACAGGGCCUUCUUAUCAGUUUUCUUCAGGGCCGAUUGAUAAUACCAAUUCCUUACUAUCAGCAAAUGCUGAUUCCACGUCCUCACUAAAUACAGUAAUACAUUCCCAACCUCUCAACUCAAUUCCUCCUUACUCAAUUCCUACGAUUGUCGAUGAACAAAUGGAACAAAAGUUACCAUCACCUGUCAGUAUUGCCGAUUUUACACCUACAGUCAAUAUCGAGCCAAACCAUGCAAUACCAUCAAUUUUACAGCCAAAGGCUUCUACAAACGAUUCAAAUUCUAGUAAUUCCGGCUCAAUUAGCUAUGUUUUAUCAGAUUCAUCGAACAGUCCAAUGGUGUCGUAUAAUUUUACAACAAUCGAUCCAAGUAUGGUUACUUUAGAAUCUCAAACUCUUACUCCUACUGUUGAACAUGUACAUAUUCCUCCACCAAGCUUUCCUUCUACUAAUACAUCUGCAUCUUCCAAUAUCCCCGACAAAACGUUUCCUUCGAGCCCAACCUCCUUCUUCACCCCGGGUUCGCUUGACACAUUACCACAUAAUGCUUUAUCCACCAGUAGUUCUAUUUCGAAAUUAUCACAGGACGUUCCAAAUGCUCAGCUUUCUUCUUUACAACUCCCCACAACCUCGUCUUUCGCAUUCACCCCAAACCUCAUCCAUACAUCUACUCCAAGAUUGAAUUCUCCUCCUGCAGUAAACGUUCCACCUUCUUCGAGUGCAUCGGAAUCUUCCACAACAUUACUUCCUAACCAGGAUCUAGCUUCUCCGGAGACCACAAUAGCAACGUCAGUAAAUCCAAAGGCUGCUACGUUUACUUCGAUUGCUUCAUUGCUAGGAUCUUCCAAACUGAAAGAAGUUCUGCCAUCUUCAAGCUUGGAAGCUGAGAACAAAGACUGUUCCGUGCCCCUCCCACCAGUUCUGGUCUAACAGCUAGUCUAGUUUGACAUCGUACUCAAGGAGAACGUCUUUUUUAAUCUUUUGUACCAAUAAAUAUUUAUUGUUUGUA